AUGGGAAUUUUUCCUCUGCGGCCACAGCGGAUGAAGGACAAAAAAGUAGAAGUUAUAUUUGUGUGGCCGUCGAAGUUCCAGUAUGAAGCAUUCUUAGAAGACAAGAAUCUAGGCACGUCCGAAGGCAUCCUUGUGAUCCCAAAUCCAGAAGGAAAUUCUAAUUUGAAAUGCUUCAUGUAUCUUCCCAUGCCAGCGUUCCAGAUAUUCAUCUACUGCUAUGGUGGACACGAACUAAUUGAUCAGGGCCUCGGAGUGUCGCUGUCUGCAUACAGCUGUGAGUGGGUCGGCGCCACCCGGCGUGCCACCUCGUCGCUGCUUAUCCUGAUGUGCAGGGCGCAGAAGCCGCUGCAGCUGACCGCAGGCAAGCUCUACCCCAUCAACAGGAUCACGUUUGUUUCCGAGAAGACGAAGACAGUCAACGUCAAGCCAGGCAAGAGUUUGUGUGCUACAGAUGUUACUGAUCAUACAGCCUGCAAUGGCCAAGAGGAUGUACCUGGACCUUCAGGAAUUUCAAAGAAGCCGAAGACAUUUACGAUUCUCAAGAAGACGGUGACUACUAGUAGUGAUGAGAAUACAGCAUCAUUUGCAUCGGAUAACGAUGAUACCUUUGACUUGAACACGUCAGAAGAAAGUGAUUAUGGAUUAGCGAAGUUUGUUGAUGGGACAGUAGUAUAUGUGCCUCAAAGUUCACCCACCAUGUUCGCUGAGGCGCAUGGUGCUCUCCAGGACAACGUGCGCGUACUGCAGCUGUCCGGCCUGUGGCCGCCGGCGCGCAUGCGCGGCUGGCGGCUGCUGUUUCCGGUGUACACAGGCGUGCUGUACUUCUGUUUCCUGUCCGUGCUGUUCGCCGUGCUGGAGCUCGCCUACCUAUCGCAGAGGGACAUCAACGAGCUCACGUACGCACUCAUCGUCGUCAUGUCGCACUUGGGCGUCCUGUUCAAGAUGACGCACUUCCUCUCCAACAGGGGCGCCUACCUUCGCCUCGUGGGGCGUCUGAACGGCCUGAUACAGCAGACACAGACGGACGUUCUCUCUGACCCGCAAAGCGUCCUCUCCGCCUGCCACCGGAAGGCGAUGCGGCUCACCUACUACACGUUCGCCUACCUAGCACUGACUGGCCUCAUCUGGUACCUGCUUCCUAUCCUCGACAUGUUCUCCUCAGCUUCCGCAGGGAGGCGGCUUCCCGUGGUCAACGCUCGGUGGGUCGACAAUAAUAACACAGCAUUCUACGCUCUUGGAUACGUCGUUCAGUUUCCGUCCAUCUUCUACUUUGUGGCUAUUAGUGUGGGACUGGACGGCUUCUUUGCGACCGCCAUGAUCCACGUCGCUGCCCAGCUGCAGCUUCUCAGUUUACGGUUGUCUCAGCUGAACAAAAGUCGGUCGCCUGUGUCUGCUGCGACGGAGUUUUCGGGCGUGCACAAACAAGAAUGUUGGUCACCGUUGGCACUGCGGGAAAUUGAAUCGCUCGAAGAAAGUGGAGGCAUGUAUCAUCAGCUGGUUCAGGAAAUAAAACGACACCAAGAAAUUGUCAGCUUCGUGAAGUUUCUGGAGACUGUGAUGAGCCCAGUGGCCUUCAUUCAGUUCCUCUUCAGUGUUGGCAGCAUCUGCGUCACACUCUUCCAGUCAACUUUCAAUCCACGGCCAGACGUCGUUUUCAAGUGCGCUAUGUACUUACCAACACCUGCAUUUCAGAUAUACAUAUACUGUUGGUGUGGCCACAAUAUAAUGGAGGAGGGCGCAAGAGUGUCGCUGGCUGCCUACAGCUGUGCGUGGACGGAGGCGAGCAAACGUACCAAGAACGCGUUACGCAUGCUGGUAUGCAGCACACAGAGGCCGCUGCUGCUCACUGCGGGAAAGAUCUAUCCUAUCAGCAAGGCGACUUUCCUGUCGGUGAGUUCCUACCCAGCAGCAACACCACAGUACGCUUGCAAAAAUAUGAAGUGA